UUAUUAUUUUUUUAUUCCCGCGCUCUCACUAAGCAAAUUUUGGCGAUGAAAGAUUGAAGAGGUUAGGGAACUAAGACGAGUGAAGAGUGAAGAAGACUCGUCAUUUUCCUCUACAUGGUUCGCAUCUGCACUCAGUUUCCAUUGGUGUGAUUGUGAAUGGGGGACUCGAAACGAUGGACAGUGACCUACACAAAACACAUCAAGCAGAAACGCAAGGUGUAUCAAGAUGGAUUCCUACAGCUCCACAUUUCCACCGGCAAGGUUAAGCUGUAUGAUGAGUGCGAGAAAUUGUUGGAGUGUAGGCUCUUGAAGAACGACGAAACUGUUACCUCUGGUGAAACGUUGAUUUUCAAAGGUUACCUUGUUGACGUCGGCGAUCCCGAGGGAGGCAUCAAGCCUGAAUCUGAUUUAAAUGUUGAUAGGAAACUCAGGAAUCAUUCGAGAUUCAGGACUCCUUCUGAUGGUGUAAAAGAUUCCAAAAUGAAUGAGAAGGAGAAUGUUGGACAAGUGCGAAGGCCUCUUAGUCCUUCACAAAAAGUUAUCAGAGAAUUUAAGAAGAGAGAACUGCUCAAGUAUGGAUCACCAAAGAUCAGUCAGGAAACACCAAAACCUAGUACCGAAGAAUGGCUUGUUCUAUACACCACACAAGUGACUCAAAAGGCAAAGAAGUACCAUGAUGGUUUUUUACGCCUGGUUCUUCAUGGAUCCAGCGGGGCGCAGGUUAUGCUGUUUGACACAAGCAGGAAACUCUUAGAUAGUAGAUUCCUUAAGAAAGAUGAUGUAAUUAAAUCUGGUGAAUCAAUUGCAUUUGAUUCAUAUUUGAUUGACAUUGGCAAGCAGCAAGGAAGUUGUACCCCAGAUUCCAAUGUUCUAGCAGACAAGUGUACUGAUGUUAAGGCAAUGAAGAUGGACAGACAGAAGACUUCUCUCAAAACCGAUACCCAUGUAAAUGUUGGAAAAAGUGAAUGGCAGGUCCUAUAUACUACACAAUUAACUAAAAAAGCCAAGAAAUAUCAUGAUGGCUUUUUACACAUUGAACUUUGUGGAUCUUUUGGGAAGCAGGUUGUUUUGUAUGAUUUGAGCAAAAGACCUAUAGAACGCAGGUUUGUAAGGAAAGAUGAAGUUAUAAGGGAAGGUGAAUCAGUAUAUUUUGAUGGACAUUUAGUAGAAGUAGGACAACCUGAAGGAAGUCAUCACUCUCCAGCGAAGUUAAAUGAACGAGGGACUGGCAAUAAUGUUGGAAGGAGACAACUAGGACAUGGACAAAAUGGCUUUCACAAGGUCAAUCCAUCUUUUGCUAAAGGAAAACCGCCAAAUGAGCUUUGUCUGGGGAAAGAUUCAGGAUUGAACUCUCUGAUUACCGAGCUAGAAGAGAUAAAAUCAAACAGGAUAACCCCACCAAUCAAGCCUUUACGCGAUGCCAAUCAAAUAAUGUCCCUUUUACAGAAUCCUAACCUGAAGCCUCAGGAGAGCCAUGUAACAGGAGGCCGAUCGUCCAAUGGGUCUCGUCAAAAUAUUGGGGAUAGGGAAUCAGCCGCAACUUCGAAAUGCCUUGAUAUUACGUCUUCUGAAGCAGCAUAUAGUGGUGGUAGUUUCCAAUUCACCGAGAAUGUCAACAUGUCCCACCAGUCCGACUCGCAGAAGGAUGCCCAGACAAAUAUGAGUAGUGAGGCAGAUUUUGGUUGUCAACCCUGCCUCAUUACCAAUGGAGGGAAGAGUGGUGAGGAGUUCUCGUGUGAAAGCGAAACAUUCCCAAGCUUUGACCUUGGAUUUUAACAGUGGGAAGAAACCCACUGACGUAUCACGUAACAAUUAACAACCUCUAUAGAAAGAGACCGAAGAUACAUCCGCCAACAGCGGCAAAGAAAUAAAAUCAGCUCGUCUCAACCUAGAUGACCAGAAGGAGCUCCGUCAUGUCGUGGUCGAAAUUGCGGUGUGCUGUGGUUCCGGCGAAGAAGAUGAAUGUUCGCAGUGGUGGUGAAGAGACCCACGGAGGAAGAUGCAGUCCUUGUCGUCGACAAGCAUCAUAUCUGAAACACGGUGAAGGCGCCGGAGAAGGGAGGGCCGUUGCGGCGUGGCGGUGAUGAAGGUGGUGGUGAGCAGAUUUAUGGAAGAUUUGUGGAGUCGCCAAUCUUCGAUGUGAACUUUCCCCACCGCUGCGAGUUCUGUUUGGUGGUGACGGUGAAGGUUGAUGGUGGUGUUUUUGAAUUUGGUUUCAAUGAAGGUGAUGAGGGAUUUCGGGUUUAAAGAUUCACUGUGGGUUUGAUUUUUACCCAUUAAAAAUUGAAUCUAUGGCAAUGUUCCACUGAAAAAUGAAAAAUUUCAGUCACGCAA